CACACAUCACAGCUAGUUGAACAAAUUUCUUCACUUUAUUUAAAUGAGGAUUGUAGUGACUUAACUUUAAUUGUUGAGGAUCAACGUUUUCCCGUGCAUCGAGUGAUACUUGCUGCAAGAAGCACAUAUUUUCAGCUCUUUUGAAAUAUAUUUAUACUGGGAAGUUACAACUUAAGAGUCUGAAAUUGGAUUUAGUUUUGGAUAUGCUUGGUAUUACUUUAAAUUAAAAUUACUUUUAUACUUGUUUUUAGGAUUGGUUCAUAAAUAUGGAUUUUCUGAUUUGGAAGAAACAAUUCCAGAAUUUUUAAAGGUUAAUUUUUUCCAUUUUCUUAAAUUCCUUUUAGUCUACACUUAAAAACAAAAAUGUUUGUGCUGUUUUUACUGUUGCCCAGCAUUAUUCAAUUGAAUGUUUAAUGACUACUUGCCUUGAUUUUAUUGAUAAUUGUGCGACUGAACUCUUGGGAACACAGAUUGAAAUUUUUAAUGCUGUUAAACAGUGGAUAGAGACACAUCCAGAUGAGGAAUCAGAAUUUCCUUCGAUUUUGGCCCAAAUUCGUCUUCCUCUAAUUAAAGUUAACGAUUUAUUUGAGCAUGUUAGAGAAUCAUCGCUUAUUUCUCCUGAUCAAAUACUUGAUGCAAUUAAAGAUCAAAACACUUUAAGCAGUUCACAACUUAAAUACAGAGGAUUUUUAUUUCCUGGAAUAAAUAUCGCAACAGUUUCCUUUGGUGCAAAAGUAAUUUCUGGCGAUUUCCGAACAGCUUUGCUUUCAAAUCCAAGUAAUUAUGAUGAAGGAGUUCCAACUGAUCGCACAUUUUCCAAACAUUUGAUAAAUCCAAGAGAUCCGGGAAUAACGAUUGAAUUAGGACGACCAUUUAUUAUUAAUUGUAUUAAAUUGCAAUUAAUGGAUAGAGAUCAACGUGCCUUUUCUUAUUACAUUGAAGUUAUUUCUUUUAUUUUUUGUAAAAUCCUUUGUUUCAGGUCAGUAUUGACAAAAAUGAUUGGGUACGAGUUAUUGAUCACACUCUAUACUUAUGUCGUUCAAAACAAAAUCUUUUCUUUGAAUCAAGAGUUAAUUGUUGGAACUCUUAGUUCUGUGAAUAAUACAUUUCAACUUUGCAAUUUUGAAGCAUUAUGUUCAACAGAACAAUUUGAAAUCGAUACAAAAACAACGUUACAAAUACCGCGUUCCAAUGUUGCUACAAUAUCAAAUAAUGCAAUUGUUACAGAAGGAGUUUCAAGAAGUCGAAAUGCACUUUUAAAUGGAGAUACAACAAAUUAUGAUUGGGACAAUGGAUAUACUUGUCAUCAAUUAGGUUCCGGUGCUUUAGUAGUUCAAUUACCACAACCGUAUUUAAUCGAAACAAUGAGAUUUCUUUUAUGGGAUUGUGAUGAUAGAUGUUAUUCUUUUUAUGUUGAAGUUUCAGUUGAUCAAAUAAAGUGGACUAAAGUUGUGGAAUUCAAUGAAUGCAGGUAAGAAAGCUGGCAAAUUGCUCAAUUUGAAAAGACAUCUGUAGUAUUUGUUAGGAUUGUUGGAACUUAUAAUUCAGCAAAUGAAGUUUUUCAUUGUGUACAUUUUGAAUGCCCAGCAAUGGAAAUAAACGAAGCAAUUGAAGAAGAAAGAAUGAAAAAAGUCCAGAAUGUUAAAGCCUCCGUAACUAAUUAUUGUUCUCGAGCAU